AUGACAAGAUCAUGGCAGGUAGUGUCGACGUGUCAAGCACCUCACCUAAGAUUUGCCACGCGUAUGUUUGCAACGGCAUCGCAAACUCACGCUAUUGGUGUGUCUGAAUUCGCGGCACGCCGUCGCCGUUUACUAUCUUGUUUGGAUCCGGACACGUUACUCCUUGUCUUGGCUUCCGAUGAGGUCAUCUACUCGCAGGAUAUUCUUUAUCCACAUCGACAAAACAGCCUUUUUUACCACCUCUUCGGCCUGCGGGAGCCACUACGCCAAACGCUAAGACCUCCGACUUCGGCCUUCACGAACGACGUGAGACUCACUUGUGGGGCCUUUAUGAAGACAAAUAGCGAAUUGCGAACCUUCCUGUUCGUUCCACCACAAACAACGGAUCCCGCGGAUUUGGUGUGGUCCUCCCAACCCAAAACUCUGGAGGACUUCAGUAGGAACCACCUGGGGCCGUGUAGAAGAGACGAACAAAAUCACGCCACUAAGGAAGGCUGCAACGGUACAGAUGGAAGCUCAUUAAAGUCCGAGAACGUGCAUGUGAAUGAUAUCAAAACCAUCGCGAGUGUUCUGUUUAAGGAAAUUCAAGCAUCCGCCCAGAACAGAUGGGAACGCAUAGUAGAGAAGCACGGUUCACUCUCGUUCAGCAACGGGGAUCUAGAAGAAAAAAAGGCACGGUUACUUUACAAGGAGUUUGAUCCGCUUCCGAAGCUUCUCAUCGAGUUUCCGACGCAGUUACGCUGGACCAGACAGCAAUACCAUCUUGAGGUUCCACAGAACACCUCCAUGGUGGAGUGCUUCAGGAGGAGGAUUGGCUUGACACACGCUAAUGUUGCCUUCCGACAUCCAUUUGAAGCCUUGAUGUGUGUGAUACUCGCCUUUCGCUUCACGCUUACACCGUCUCCCUCCUCUUUGGCAUCUCAGCGAUUUGUGGGGCUUCCUACUCCAGAGUGCUCAUAUCAUCUGCCCCUGCAUCUUCAAGGCUCGUGUGGCGUCUCAGUUAACAGCAAUGCGCAACAGGAGCGUAUCCGUUACUGCCUCACCCUCCCUGGUAGCGCAAGCACUAUCAAGACGGCCGCGUGUGGAGUAGUGAAACGCACCGCAAUUUGUUCUGCCGAAGAUUUGCUAUGUCGCUAUCGCCUUUUUAAGUCGCCUAGGCAGAUAAGACAGCACUUAUGGAGCGCGGCGGCCACUCGUCAGGCCUUCCGUGCUGCGAUGAGGCGUGCCGUACACACAACCUCAGAACACAACAUCACCAUUGCCUUUCAUAAAGCCAUUUUAGACCUAAGCGAAAGAGUGGGACCAGAUGUGCAGGUGCAUGCUGCUUACAUCCCCGUUGUUGCCAGCGGUGUGCGUGCGACGGAGAUUCAUUACACGCGCAACAACGGCAACGCAAAUGCGGGCGAUCUUCUCCGUCUUGACGGUGGUGUGGAGGUGAACUUGGUCCCAACAGACUGCACACGGACCUUUCCGGUAUGCCAGUCUAGCUUCUCCACAGUCCAGAAAAAAAUUUAUAAUGCCUUGCUACAGAUUCAACAAGAGUUGUUUCAAGGCAUUCAAUCCGGCAGAUCGACCUCGGAGGUGUCAAAGAAGCACAUUGAAUCUACAAGGCAGGCGCUUGAAGGGCAACUAGGAGUGAGAAAUGUCUCUCAAAUCCAAGUUCGCUCCCUAUUCUGUGCGCACAGUUUUGGCCACCUCAUGGGGCUUGAUAUUCACGAGCAGUUUGCUCAGAGCAAGGAUAUGCUAGAAAGGGGAAUGACCUUUGGGGGUGGAAUGGUGCACACCAUUGAACCAGGAAUAUAUUUCCCUGAUGUGAACCGCGCAACCGCAUUUGACUAUGAUAUAACUUGCGUCCCACAGGCUCUGCGUGGUAUCGGUGUGCAAAUCGAAGACAACGUUUUAAUUUUACCCCGUUCCGGCAAUAAUGCCGAAGAACAAUCACCUUGGUCACGCCUAGACUAUUUGAAUGAGAUACUGAGAGCCAUUGAGGAGCUUUUGAAUGAUGAAUACUAUGUCAAGGAUUGUGUUUUUUUACAGGAUGAGAGGUUUCAAUACUACAAACCCCAAUUAACAUCCUCCCAAUUCAGUGUGUUGUACUUUUUACUCCUCCAAAGGACCUCCCUUUUGGGGUUUCCGAAGGCUCUCGAAAGUCUGCCGCUGGAUGCCGCCCGAGUCCAAACUCACUUUACCGAAAAGAGACCAUUAGCAGAUUGGGCACCGCCCUCAUGUGAAUGGUAUCCCUUUGAGGUGGUUGUCUUGACGGCCUGCAUACCAAAGGAGAUCCCGCACAUUGAGGAUUACAUGAACUGA